AUGAGCAUCCUUGAUCUUCACUUUGACAAUGAAACUCGUUAUAGGAAUUCUGUAAACGCCAAAACGUAUCUCAAUAUGACGUCAAUAUUAUCCCAUCAUCCCGUGUUUGUUAAUAAUUAUACAAACAUGUGCAAACCAAAUCUUAUAAACCAUAAUCUGAAAUCAACUGAUGAAACCAACUUCAAAUGUACGAAUGGCCCAACGUACAAUAUUGAUCUAUUACAAUGGCAAACAAAUACACCAAGCAAUUCAUUGGAUCGGUUACGAUUGCGCAGUAAUCGUCGAAAAGAUUAUAUUCGUGAAAAUAUUCGUCAUCUAAGACAAUUAGAAGACAGUAUGGCAUUUAAAAAACGUGUUGCGGAACAAUGCGGUACAUCAGUUGUCUCAACAGAUCGUACAAAAAACAAAUUUAUCACAUAUCAUAAUGCACAAACUAGACGAUCACAAUCAAAUGAAAAUGUUAUAUCCUCUGAGACUAGAUUUAAUACAUCAAAUCAGUCAUUAACAAAAACUGCCCCAAUCCAACAUAAUAAACAUAAUCAUCCUAUCAUACAAAAUAAAUGUAAUACUGAUUUAAACAAAAUUGAUAAUGAUCAAUAUGUACAAUCAAAUAACUUGACAAUAUCUACACAAACUAAUGAUGAUGAUAGUUAUAUGGAUGAAUUCAAACAACAACCUAUUACCCCGCGCAAAUCAAAUUCAAAUAAUGUCACUUCUAAAACUAUUCAACAUCCAAUAUUAACACCAAUUCAAACAAAUAAAAAAACUGAAUAUUUACGUGCACAUUCAAAUCAUGUUGAUAAUGAUGUGGAUUUAAAAUAUUUAAGUAAUAUACCUAUUACAUCUAUACAGAAACAAUUGAAUUCAGCUAAAUUAUCUGUACCUAAAGCUGAAUCAGCUAAAAAUGUUGAAUUUAUCAGACGUGAUAUUAAUUUUGUUCGUGCUAAUGCUCAUAUGGCUACAGCGCCUAGUGUAAAAGGAACUGGAAUUCGACGGAUAGCAAGUAUGAAUUCUUUAUCAUCGAAUAACAAAACUCAUCUAACGGAUUCAAAUAUAUCAAAAUCACAAAUAUCGCACACAUCAAGAAUGUGGCCUGAAAGACGAUUAAAAAGUGGGGAUAUCCCACCUUAUUUAAUCAAAAUGAAACAAAAGGAAAAAGAACGGAUUCAAAAAGAAUUGGAAAACCGGCCUGAUCCAGAUCAACCUCCAGGACAUCAGCGAAUGCCAGAACAAGAACGUCUAAAAACAUUAGAAUUGCUUAACAAAGCUCAUACUCAGUUAUCGGAAGAAUUUUCACACCUCCCAGUACGUAUGGAUACAUUAAGGAUUCGUUCUAGACGUGCAGAAAUUGAAAGUCGUCUCAGUGAACUAGAACAAGCUAUUGAAAUAUUCAGUAAACCAAAAGUAUUUAUUAAACCUGAUUGA